AUGUGCCAAGUUAGGCAAGUUCCUAGGUCUAGCGCAAGCAAGUCCCAACAGCGAGCAGGGAGGUUGGCAGGUCAGAGGGUGGAGGGAAGGAUGAGGUGGAAGAGGAGACGGGGUGGGGGGAAGCCCGAGAUGGAGGUGAAAUUCGUGAGAUGGCUGCGUUGGGGUUUAGUCGCCUACCCACUUCAUCAGAACCCUCGGCCAUCUGCCAUCAUGGUUCUCUCUAACGACAUUGAUCUGCUGCACCCGCCAGCGGAGCUGGAGAAGCGCAAGCACAAGAUGAAGCGCCUUGUACCCACACCGAACAGCUUCUUCAUGGUGAGCUCGCAUACUGGCGACUCAGUGUUGCUGUAG